AUGCAAAACAGAGAAAGCCUCAUAUUGUUGUUACGGAUGGACUCCUACAGAGACAUUUAGCUUGCUUACAUAAAGAACUGGAACCCAGGGAAAUUGUGGAUGAAAUGUUUGAAGCUGGUGACAUCACUGGUAGAGACCAUGAUACUGUGACUGAUCCUGAUAGAAAAUACAAACGUAUGCAGGGGCUCCUUGACAUUUUAAAGAAAAAGGAAUUGUAUUCUAACUUUGUAUUUGCUUUGGAGUCUUUGAAUUAUGUCCAGGUGCUAGAUACACUAAAAAAGGAUAGAAAUGUGACAGUGGAAUCUUCGAAGUAUGCUUUUUGCAUAACGCAAAACUUCUGUCUUCUCAAAGAGGAACUUCCAGUCACUGAUGAUGCUAGAAUAAUGGUGGAUCAGAUGUAUGGCUUCCUGAACGAAGCAAACAUUUCCGACAUUAACUACUUUACCAGUGCAAGACAGAAGACAUCUAAACUGCUGAAAAUACUUUUGACGAAAAGGGAACCUGCAUGCAAGGAACUCUUCAGGGUUAUGGAAGUAGAUUUGAAAAGAGAGGACCUGAUUUGGAAAAUGAGGGAAAAGAGUGCUGAAAUUGAAGAAAGAGGAAUUCCUGUGUUGGACCCCCUAUUGAGGAGCCUACAUAUCUCUUGUCUCAAAGAACAUGAAGAUUUUCUAUUGGAGGAACUGGAGCCUCUUGAACUCUGUGACCUUUUGUUUGAGGAGAGCGCAAUAGACAUUCCUGAUCAUGACAGAAUUACAGAGACAAACAAAAUUUCUAAGCAAAUCCAACGCUUCUUGGAAACAGUAAAGAAAAAUGAAAAUAACUGCUUUCAUUUUUUGUUGUUUAUUCUGGGAAAAAAUGGAUAUAGAGAAAUUCUUGAGGAGCUUGUCAAAGCUGACUCAGGACCUAAAGGAGCUGAAACAGAUGCAGAGUUUGAAUGGAGAGUAUCACACAAAUUCAACAACACAGUAUCUUCAGAAAGUGUCCAGAAUAGAUCCAUAAAUGUAAAGCUAACAGUGGAAGGUUCCAAAGGAAGGCAGGUUGAACAAGCACUUCAUCAGCAGGUACUCUCCACAGACACUGGGAUUAUUGAGGAGGCUGCUACGUAUGGACAAAUGACUAUUGAAGAUGUCUCUACUGGUUCUGUAGUCAUUCAGUUAAGGCCGAUCACUGACCAAGCUGUACGGACAUUACUCAAUGCCAGAGAAAACAACAGGCUGGUGGAGUUUAUACUAGGGAUGAUAAAGAGGGUAAAUAUACCUACUGUUCAGGGAACAGAGCCUCUGGAGAUCAGGGUACAGGUUUCUUAUUCACACCCACCAGCAGCUAAGCCAGAUAUUCCUAAGGCAGAACUAACCAAGCAGAGAGUGAAAGUUUAUAGGAAUGAACUUGUCUCCGAGUUAGAACCUGGAGCUCUGAUUUCUUUGUUAUCAAAAUCAGAAUGCUCUGCACGGAGCGCAAUGGAUUCGAUCAGAAGUGCUCCCACUUCUAGUGAACGUACAGAAAAACUUCUAUCAUUGAUUGAGAAUGGGGAUUUAAAGACAGUAGAGGCUUUUAUUACUGCUCUAAAGGACGUAGGAUAUAGUGAGAUUUUGGAAUUAAUUGAUCCCAUAGAUAUCCAUAGUAAAGCUGUACCUCAAGUUUUAUACUUCUGUGGAUCCUGUACAAUGGUGUAUAAUAUGCAUGUGACCGUUAAGGCCCUCAUAGACCUCUUGUUUUAUCUUGUGAUAAAAAACAGCAGGGUCAAUGGUGACUCAG